AUGCAUCUGUGUGAACAGCCGAUGAAUUUAACAAAAAGAGCCUGCUGUCAGCUUGUUCUUCUUCUUAAUGAUACAUCACGUGUCCCACCAUGCCAUGAAAAUCUGUUAAUGGAGGAAUAUAACAACUCUUUGGUGACAACACAGCCUAUAUGGCUAUCUGAGCCUGAAGAUGUGCAAGAGGAUCAUGCAACAUUCCUUCUUGGGAUACUCAUUCUUAUGAUUAUUGCCAUUGGAUGCACAUUCACACUGAGCAAACUGACAAAACCAAAAAUUUCAAUCGGCUAUGGAAAUGUUUCAAAUUAUGAUUUUAUGAUGUGGAUGCCAUCUUCACGUUCCAAUCGAAGGUCAUCAAUGCUUGUUUUGCUUCGUGGAAUAGCUUGUCGUAGAGCUGCGAAUUCCAAUAGGAACAGUGACAUAAGCGUUGUUUCUUCAAACGUCGGAUUAUUACCCUCGUAUCAAACAGCGACAAGUUCUCCAUUAUCUUUACAACCCCCACCUCCUCCUUACUCAGAAGUUCGUACUCUGACUGAUAACCUAGGAUUAUCUUCUUCAGCCUAA